AAUGGCUCGCCUGUUUCCCUGCUUUCGGUGAGUUCACCUUCAUUUCCCUGUCAACCAGCACCGAUGGCCAAGUCAAUGAGUCUGUUGUGGGGGGCUGGCUCCCCUCCCUGCUGGCGUGUUAGGAUCAUGCUGGAGGAAAAGAAACUCCAAGGCUACAAACACAGGCUGCUGUCCUUUGAAAAAGGACAGCAUAAAUCUCAGGAAGUGUUGGAUGUCAACCCGAGAGGACAGCUCCCUGCCUUCAAACAUGGGGACAACAUACUGAACGAGUCCGUUGCGGCAUGUCUAUACCUGGAGAAUCAGUUCAAAUCCCAGGGUACCGGGUUGGUCCCCGAAGGCCAAGCAGAACAAGCACUGAUGUACCAACGCAUGUUCGAGGGUCUCACACUCACUGAUAAGCUCAAUUCUGUCAUCUACUAUGAGUGGUUCAUCCCUGAGGAAGAGAGACACGACUCUGCUAUGAAGAAAAACAAGGAAGCGCUGCUCAGUGAACUCAAGCUCUGGGAGGGAUACCUGGAGAAGGUGAGUUCAGGAUCAUACCUGGCAGGCGGCUUCUCACUGGCAGAUGUGACUGUUUUUCCAAGUGUUGCCUUUGCCUUUCGUUUUGGCCUGUCUGUUGGGAGUUUCCCAAAACUGGCCAAGUACUACAGCCUGUUGAAGGACCGAGCGAGCAUUAAAGCCAGCUGGCCCCCACACUGGGUGGCAACCCCACGCGGAUAUGAUAUCCUGAAGGACCUAUGAAACACACACACACACACAAACACACAUCAAAAACAUGUUUGUGUUUUUCAUUGUCCAUCUGUUUCUUGUUUGAUAAUAAAUUUUUGAAAGUGAAAACUUUAGAAUUAUCUCCUUCUGCACGCCUCCGGAGAGAUCUCCAGAAUACUUGUAGAGAUGGAUUUCACUCUUAGUGGGACCAAAUGGCAUGGGUGGUAUUACCAUGGGUGUA